AUGAAAAAUGUUGAAACAGUCAUCGCCAAAUCGGCUUUUCUCUUCCGUCAAAGUGCAAAGAAAGUCGUCAAAAUUUAUUCGCCAACUCCAUUUGAAAGCGCCACUAAAGCGCUAAAGCUUGAAGAAGAUUUUUCUUCUGGCGGUUGCAUGAGUGCAAUGUCCAUGUAUCCAUCUGAUAAAAUGAAAAUGUCAGCUCCAGGAUGCUUCACAGGACGAUACAGUCCAACAUCAUAUCGUGGUCCCGAUCAAAUGAGAAGAUGUAUGACGAAUCCGUCGAAUAUCGAUUUUUUUUACCAUGUCUUAUCACUUUUUAAAGCUCCAGCGGGAACUUUAAUGUUAAAACAUAGGAACGACUGA